AUGGCGGCAAUCGAAGUAAUUCAUCAUAUGAAGGAUAAGACCAAAGGUAAGGUCGGCGAUAUUGCUUUAAAGCUCGACAUUAGUAAAGCUUAUGACAGGAUCGACUGGAUUUAUUUAAGGGAGAUUCUUUCUACCAUGGGAUUCAGCCAAAAAUGGGUUAAAUGGAUUAUGCUCUGUGUAGAAACAGUAUAUUACUCGGUGAAUUUAAAUGGUAAUAAGGUCGGGCCAAUCAUCACGGGUAGAGAUGAUUGUUUUUUGUUUUUCAAAGCUGCUCACAAAGAAGCUAUUGAAAUUAAAAAUAUCCUUGUCACUUAUGAAGAGGCGUCGGGUCAAUCUAUCAACUUGCAAAAAUCUGAACUAUUCUGCAGUAGGAACGUUUCUACGGAGAUAAAAGAUAUGUUGGCGGAUACUUUAGGGGUUCGACAAGUGUUAGGGACGGCUAAUUACCUUGGUGUUCCUUCUAUGAUUGGUAGAAGCAGGAAAGGAACUUUCAAGUAUAUCAAAGACAGAGUUUGGAAAAAGUUAAACUCCUGGAGUAGCAGAAGUCUUUCUCAAGCAGGUAGAGAAACCCUCAUCAAGUCCGUGAUACAAGCUAUUCCUUCAUAUAUUAUGAGUAUCUUUUUACUACCUCCAUCUUUAAGUGACGAGCUCGAGAUAAUGAUGAAUUCUUUUUGGUGGGGCCAUAACCGGAAUAUAGGAAAAGGUCUUAAUUGGCUAUCCUGGGAUAAAUUGUCUAUAUCUAAGAGAAACAAAGGUAUGGGUUUUAGAAAUCUCAGUGCUUUCAACUAUGCAAUGUUAGGUAAACAGGCUUGGAACAUUAUGACAAAUCCUGAUAAUCUUGUUACUAAACUGUUUAAAGCGAGAUAUUUUCCCAACUGUGAUUUUCUGGAUUCAGGCAUUGGGCACAACCCAAGCUACGUUUGGAGGAGUGUAUGGAGUUCUAAAUUUUUGAUUCGAGGAGGGUUGCCAACCAAGAGGAACAACACUUUCUCUACAGUCUUAUGGAGUCUUUGGAAGUGUAGGAAUAAUCUGAUAUGGAAUCAAUUGGAAGAAUCCACAGACAAUAUAUGUAAUCGAGCUAUGAAUCUUUUAUUCGGCUGGAGAAAUGCUCAGACAACAAAGAACUCCUUUAAAUCCCAAUCAAAUAGUUCUGCUGAUUUGUCUUGGAGCAAGCCGGUGCUUGGGCGUCUCAAAUGUAACAUUGAUGCCUCAUUUUCUAACAACAAAGUGGGCAUUGAUGCAUGUAUUAGAGACGAUAAGGGUUCUUUUAUCGCAGCCAGAACAUAG